AUGGACCUGCGGUCUGAGCUGCUCAAGUCCAUCUGGUAUGGUUUUACAGCCCUGGAUCUGGAGAAAAGUGGGAAAGUGUCUAAAUCCCAGCUGAAGGUUUUGUCUCACAACCUUUGCACAGUCCUGAGUAUCCCACAUGAUCCGGUGGCUUUAGAGGAGCACUUCAGGGAUGAUGAUGAUGGCCCAGUUUCCAGUCAGGGUUAUAUGCCUUACCUCAACAAAUACAUCCUGGAUAAGGUUGUGGAGGGUUCUUUUAAAAAAGAAAAUGUAGACGAGCUCUGUUGGACUCUCACGGCAAAGAAGAACUACCAGCCAGAUAAAAGCAGCAACUCGGUUGUACCAGAGCGGGACGCUUUUCGACUUUGGUGCCUUUUUAAUUUUCUCUCUGAAGACAAGUACCCUUUGGUUAUGGUUCCUGACGAGGUGGAAUACCUCCUCAAGAAGAUAUGCAUGGCGAUGAGUGUUGAGUUUAACUGUGUUGAGUUUGAGGACUUCUUCUCCCAGGAUUCAGCGCAGCAGAGCGGCAUCUCCGUCUGGGUCUUUCUGGAGAUGGUGAACUCUGGGAAGGUUACCCGGGGAAUUGAUAAGAGCAUUAUCAGCAUGGCUAUAGAGGAGGUUUACCGAGAGAUAGUUGGCGAUGUUCUCAAAGAGGGGUAUCUGUGGAAAAAAGGACAGUUGAGGAGAAACUGGAAGGAACGCUGGUUCACUUUGAGGCCCAGCAACUUGUCCUACUACACAGGAGAGGACCGUAAGGACUGCCAAGGGAACAUAGUACUGGAUGGGAAUUGCUGCGUAGAGGUGCUGCCUGAUAAAGAUGGGAAGAGGUGCAUGUUUUGUCUGAAAACACUUUCUAAGACUUAUGAAAUGAGCGCCUCGGACACCAAACAAAGGCAGGAGUGGACUACAGCUAUUCAAACAGCCAUCAGGCUGCACGUGGAGGGGAAAACGUCUCUUCAUAAGGACCUGAAGCUAAAGCGGCGUGAACAGCGCGAGCAGCGAGAGAAACGGCAACAGGCCAAAGAGGAGGAGCUGCAGAGGCUUCGAGCCCUACAGGAGGAAAGGGAGUGCAAACUGGCCGAGCUGGAGCUCUUGAAGGAGGCACAGAAACAGGCCCAGGCCCUCCUGGAGCAGGAUGAGCAAAGGAGGCGAGAGCAGCACGAGCAGCUCCAGCGCACUUUGGAGGUUCAGCUUCGUGAGGCCGAGAAGGCCCGAGUCAGCAUGCAGGCAGAGAUGGCUCUGAAGGAGGAGGAAGCAGAGAAGCAGAGGAAGAGAAUCCAAGAACUGGAGGAGAUGCAGAAGCGUUUGGAGGAGGCACUGCAGCAGGAGAUUAAAGCCAGACUGGAUGAGGAGGCCUUCCGAUACGCUCAAGCUGGGUUACUGGCAGAGGAGGAGGAGAAAAUGAAGGCGCUGAUGGCCCUGCAGGAAGAGCAGGAGGAGUACAUUCUGAAGACGGAGAGGGAAAAGCAGGAGCUGAAGCAGGAAAUGGAGUGCAAAUCUCAGGCUCUGGACGAGGCGCAGCGGCAGCUGGAGGAGGUCCGAGCCAACCGGCACAGGGUUGAUCAGGAUGUAGUGGCAGCCCAGAGGAAACUUCGCCAGGCGAGCACAAACGUCAAACACUGGAACGUCCAGAUGAACAGAUUGAUGCGACCGAUCGGACCAGGCGAGAAAAGACCCUCUCUGGGAAGUUCUUAUCCAGCCUUCCAGAUCCCGGCACAGAGAGAUCCCGGCCUGCGUCUCAGAAAGAGAUCGGACUCCGAGGAUCAGCAACGAAACGAGGAGAGCAAAGAAAACGUAGACAGCAGAGCUGGGUCCGAUUUGGAGAAACGCCACUCGCAUACCUCAAACGGAGACAUGGACAUCCCCUAA